AUUUUUCUCUCUGUGUGAAGCUCCAGCUGAAGGACCCAUCAGAGACCAGACCCUGCUGAACCUGAACCUGAACCCAGCUGUGUAUCCAUGAAGAGUCACCGGUCCAUGGAGCCACCACUACUUUAAAAAAGACCUGUAAGAGAGAGGCGAAUAGAAAUGGAUGAGAGAGGAUUGAUGGAGAGACUUGAAUGGCAGAAGGAGAGAAUAACAAUGGAAAGUGAAAUUGAAAUGCUAAAGAGAAGAUUGAGGACCCAGCAGCGACCAGAAUCUCCUAAACCUGAAACUGAACUUAGCUGUGUGUCCUUUAAGAGUGACUGGUCACAUGGUUGCCUCACUGACUUUAAAGGAGAGCAACCCUCUGCUGAAAAGAGGAUCCAUCAAAGACCAGGCUCUGCUGAACCUGAACCCAGCUGUGUGUCCUUCAAGAGUGACCAGUCAUAUCAAGGCCUAAUUGAUUUUAAAGGUCAACAACCCACUGCUGAAAAGAAAGGGGACGAGGACAGCUCAGAGGUUCCCAGUGGUCAGUCUGCCCAGCAGCAUCAAACACACCUGGACUCCAUAUUUAUGCUGCUGGAGGAGAACAUCAUCACUUUUGUGAAGAACGAGAUGAAGAAGAUCCAGAAGCUUCUGUGUCCAGAUUACCCAGAAUGCUUAGAGAGUCAGAGGAAGGGUGAGGAUGACGACCAGAGGAGCAGCAGAGAGGCAUUUCUGAAGAUCACACUGCACUUCCUGAGGAGAAUGAAUCAGGAUGAGCUGGCUGACCUUCUGCAGCGCAGAAGUUCUGCUGGAGUUUGUAAACGUAAACUCAAAUCUAACCUAAACAAGAAGUUCCAGUGUGUGUUUGAGGGGAUUGCUAAAGCAGGAAACCCAACCCUUCUGAAUCAGAUGUUCACAGAGAUCUACAUCAUGGAGGGAGGGACUGCAGAGGUCAAUUAUGAACAUGAGGUCAGACAGAUUGAAACAGCAUCCAGAAAACCAAACAGACCAGAAACAACAAUCAGACGAGAAGACAUCUUUAAAGCCCCACCUGGAAGAGAUGAUCCAAUCAGAACAGUGAUGACAAAGGGAGUCGCUGGCAUCGGGAAAACAGUCUUAACACAGAAGUUCACUCUGGACUGGGCUGAAAACAAAGCCAACCAGGACAUCCAGUUCACGUUUCCAUUCACUUUCAGAGAGCUGAAUGUGCUGAAAGAGAAAAAGUUCAGCUUAGUGGAACUUGUUGAUCACUUCUUCAGUGGAACCAGAGAAGCAGGAAUCUGCAGGUUUGAAGAGUUCUCAGUUGUGUUCAUCUUUGACGGUCUGGAUGAGUGUCGUCUUCCUCUGGACUUCCACAACACUGAGAUCCUGACUGAUGUUACAAAGUCUGCCUCAGUGGAUGUGCUUCUGACAAACCUCAUUAGAGGGAAUCUGCUUCCCUCUGCUCAUCUCUGGAUAACCACACGACCUGCAGCAGCCAAUCAGAUCCCUCCUGAGUGUGUUCACAUGGUGACAGAAGUCAGAGGGUUUACUGAUGCCCAGAAGGAGGAGUACUUCAGGAAGCGAUCCAGAGACAAGAAGCAGGAAAGCAGAAUCAUCUCCCACAUCAAGACAUCACGAAGCCUCCAUAUUAUGUGCCACAUCCCAGUCUUCUGCUGGAUCACAGCUACAGUUCUGGAGGAGGUGUCGGAGACCAGAGAGGGAGGAAUGCUGCCCAAGACCCUCACUGAGAUGUACAUCCACUUCCUGGUGGUUCAGUCCAAACAGAAGACCAUCAAAUAUGGUGGAGGUGCUUGGACCGAUUCAAACUGGAAUAAAGAGACAAAGAAGAUGAUUGAGUCUCUGGGAAAACUGGCUUUUGAGCAGAUGCAGAAAGGCAACCUGAUCUUCUAUGAAUCAGACCUGACAGAAUGUGGCAUCGAUAUCAGAGAAGCCUCAGUGUACUCAGGAGUGUUCACACAGAUCUUUAAAGAAGAGAGAGGACUAUACCAGGACAAGGUGUUCUGCUUCGUCCAUCUGAGUGUUCAGGAGUUUCUGGCUGCUCUUCAUGUCCAUCUGACGUUCAUCAACUCUGGAGUCAACCUGUUGGCAGAAGAACAAACAACAUUGUCAUGGUCUGAAGUGUUCAGUGACAAAUCAACACAGUUCUACCAGAGUGCUGUGGACAAGGCCUUACAGAGUCCAAAUGGACACCUGGACUUGUUCCUCCGCUUCCUCCUGGGUCUUUCACUGCAGACCAAUCAGAAUCUCCUACGAGGACUGAUGACACAGACAGGAAGUAGGUCACAUACCAAUCAGAAAACAGCCGAGUACAUCAAGAUGAAGAUCAGUGAGAAUCUGUCUGCAGAAAGAAGCAUCAAUCUGUUCCACUGUCUGAAUGAACUGAAUGAUCGUUCUCUAGUGGAGGAGAUCCAACAGGCCCUUAGUUCAGGAAGUCUCUCCAUAGAUAAACUGUCUCCUGCUCAGUGGUCAGCUCUGGGCUUCAUCUUACUGUCAUCAGAAAACAAUCUGGACGUGUUUGACCUGAAGAAAUACUCUGCUUCAGAGGAGACUCUUCUGAGGAUGUUGCCAGUGGUCAAAGCCUCCAACAAAGCUCUACUGAGUGUCUGUAACCUGUCAGAGAGAAGCUGUGAAGCUCUGUCCUCAGUUCUCAGCUCCCAGUCCUCUAGUCUGAGAGAGCUGGACCUGAGUAACAACAACCUGCAGGAUUCAGGAGGGAAGCUGAUCUCUGAUGGACUGAAGAGUCCACACUGCAGACUGGAAACUCUCAGCCUGUCAGGCUGUCUGAUAUCAGGGGAAGGCUGUUCUUCUCUGGUCUCAGCACUGAGCUCCAACCCCUCCCAUCUGAGAUGGCUGGACCUGAGCUACAAUCAUCCAGGAGAAUCAGGAGUGAAGCUACUGUCAGCAGGACUGGAGGAUCCACUCUGGAGACUAGACAUUCUCAGAUUCCUGUGAACUUACACUGGACACAAACACAGUGAACAG